AUGGNGCCUCACACACAGGCUCCCCACACUGACCUUCCUCCGCACACCACCGAGCCUCCUCAUACCACUCCCCCACCGCACACUGACGCCCCUACCACUCCUCCACCGCACACUGACGCUCCUACCACUCCCCCACCGACUCAUGGCCCCACCCACGGUCCCACUCACGGCCCCAACACUGAAGCCCCGUGGACGGCGACGGUGAUUGAGGGCGGUAAGGAGUACCACGUCACCUGCACACAGGAAGGCCCCAUGGCUCACCCCGGCAACGUCCACAAGUACAUCAUUUGUGAAUAUCAGGCGGACCACAAGCACUGGCACAUCACGGUGAUGCCCUGCGCCAUUGGCACCCGCUGGCACCAGGCCAUCAAGAACUGCAUUCAGGAUAACUGA